CCCCUUUCCAAGCCAUCCAAGCCAGCCGGUCCUCCGACGGAAGCUCCGAAUGUCACAUGUCACUACCUCUCUUCUUCUCUCUCUCUUCAACAAGCACCACCACCACCACCACCACCACACUCUGUACUCUCUCACUCUCCUUUCCCUCGACCUUCGAUUCACACACUCCUACACGCCUUCUUCUUCUUCUUCUUCUUCUUUCGAAUGCGGUGAUUAUUUGAAUCAGUUUCUUCCAUCGGGGACCUCAAAUUUCAAGCCUUUAAGCAUAAUUACCCCAAGGGAACGCCGAUUAGUGCUUGUGGGCUUCUCCCACAUAAUAAAGAACAACCAGGGUUUUAUAUUGAAGGAUUUCUCUUUACGCUUGUGUCCUUUCUCUCUCGUCAACAUCAUGAAGUUGAUGCUCACCCAUGAUGCUGCUUUCGCAUUCUUUAAGCUGGCUUUGGGAGACAACCAUGAUUCCGACGAGGUUGUUCGGUCUUGCUGUGUUGCUGCGCAUGUUUUAGCGGCAAAGAAGCUGCAGCUUCUCGCACAGGACGUGGUUUCUUGGCUCAUUGCGAGGGUUGGACCUAGUAGAAGAAAGGAACUCGUGCAGUUAAUUUGGAAGAACCAUUCCUGGUAUGAAUCUGAUUUUUCUGUCUUGAACACUCUUAUGAGGGGCUUUUUGAAUGUGGGAAUGAGUUUUGAGGCUUUGGAUAUUUUGCAUAAGAUGAGGGUUGUAGGUGUUUUUCCAAGUUUGUCAGCAAUUACCAUUCUUAUAAAGUUGUUACUUAGAGUUGGUGAUUAUGGUAGUGUUUGGAAGUUGUUUAAAGAUAUGCUCUGUAUGGGGCCUCGUCCUUCUGUUAUCACGCUUAAUGCGAUGAUUUAUGGGUUUUGUAGACAAGGGAGACUUGUUAUUGGAGAAAGUUUGUUGCAUUUGAUGCCCAAGUUCGGCUGCCGGCCUGAUGUUAUUACCAAUAACAUUCUUAUCCAUGCUUACUGCACAAGGGGGAAGACUUCGGUGGCGGUUGAUCGUCUACAUUCGAUGAUGGAAUGCGGUUGUCAACCCAGCAUUGUCACCUUCAAUACCAUUAUGCAUGCUCUUUGCCGGGAAGGGAAUGUGGUUGAGGCCAAAAAGAUCUUUGAUGAAAUUCUUGACAUGGGUGUGACUCCGAAUAUUUCGGUAUACAAUACGCUAAUGGAUGGAUAUGUUAAGUCGAGGGAGGUGGGUCAAGCGUACUCGCUCUACAAAGAAAUGAGGACUAAAGGCAUUUCUCCUGAUUGUGUGACUUUUAACAUUUUGGUUGCGGGGCAAUAUAAAUACGGGAGAAAAGAUGAAUUGAACAAUUUUUUGAAAGGCUUAAUAGUACCAGAACCGUAUCCGGAUUGCUCGUUUUGUGAUGUAGCAGUAUCAUGGCUUUGUUGGUCUGGCAGACCUGAUGAGGCGAUGAAAUGUUUACAAGAUUUGCUUGAAAAGGGGCUGACUGUUAGUGUGGUUGCGUUUAACUCUUUAAUAGGAGCCUAUAGCCGGGAAGGUUUAGAAGACAAAGCUUUUGAUUGCUAUCAAAUUUUGGUUAAAUUUGGCUUCACUCCCUCGUCGUCUACGUGUAAUUCUUUGCUUAUGGGUUUGUGUAGGAAAGGGAUGCCACACGAAGCCAGGACACUUUUGUAUAGGAUGCUAGAGAAGGGUUUUCCCAUCAACAAAGUUUCGUACACAUUGCUUUUGGAUGCAUGUUUCAAGAUGAAUGAACUAGAUGAGGCUCUAUUUCUCUGGACAGAAAUGAAAGAGAGAGGUAUCUAUCCAGAUGCUGUUGCCUUUACAGCCUUAAUAGAUGGAUUUGCUAAAGCAGGUAUGGUUGAGAAGGCGUAUGAAGUGUUCUUAGAAAUGUCGAAUAUAGGUUUUGUUCCUAACAAUUUUGCAUACAAUUCUUUGAUUUGGGGGUUUUGCAAGUAUGGGAAUAUGACUGAUGCUGUGAUCUUGGAGAAAGAGAUGAGGUUAAAAGGACUUGUUCCCGACACUUUUACCUACAACAUCAUCAUCAAUGGAUAUUGUAGACAGGGGAAAAUGAAGCCGGCAGUUGAUGCUUUUCUCGACAUGCACCAGAUCGGUGUGACGCCAGAUAUCUUUACAUUUAACAUAUUGGUUGGAGGAUACUGCAAGGCAUUUGACUUGGUUGGUGCCGACGACAUUGUUAACCGGAUGUACACAACUGGCAUCAACCCAGAUAUUACAACCUACAAUACACGUUUGCAUGGUUACUGCAGGGUUCGGAAAAUGAAUCAAGCAGUUAUUGUUUUGAAUCAGCUUGUUUCUGCCGGUAUAGUUCCGAAUACAGUGACAUACAACACUAUGAUGGGCGGUAUUUGUGGUGAUAUAUUGGAUCGCGCUAUGAUUCUCACCGGAAAAUUACUUAAGAUGGGUUUCAUCCCAAAUGUGACUACAACUAAUAUACUCUUGUCUCACUUUGUUAAGCAAGGGAUGCCAGAGAGGGCCUUACACUGGGGUCAGAAGUUAAGGGACAUAUGCUUUGAUUUCGAUGAAAUCUCGUAUAGAAUACUCGACAAAGCAUACCGUUUGAUUCAGGAUGAUGUUCCUCUUGUGAGAGUAACCUAUGAAAAGAGCCUUUUUCUGGAUUUCCUAAUGUUCAUUGCAUUUGACUCUUUUUCAAGAAAUAGACCUCAUAGAACAGAGAAUGAGAAUAGUGUAAAGAUCAUUGAAAGUCUAUUUCCUGCUUUGUGAACUAGACUUUGUUUCAUCAUUCUUGUCCUUGAAAAUCCAAGGAUUCGUGUAACAAUAAGUAGCAGUCAUUGAUUACUAUAGCAUUAUUUGAAAUAGGUUGUUGCUGAGAAACAUCUUGAUUAUCCUUUGUCUCUGGUUUUUAUUACUUUUGCUUGUUAGGUUAAAGUUGCUGUCAUUGACUCAGAAGAGGAUAAGAGAUAUGGUGAAUGUUUUGGUACAAAUAGUUAUGUUCAUUAUGAGAAAUAUGCA